AUGGCUCCCGCGACGACCUCGAAGACAGCCAAGCUGCGCGGACCUCUGCAGCGGCCAGCAUACCGUGCAUCGCGCGCCUUCUUCCUCACCCUCCUCAUAGGCGCAUGCUUCUUCACCUACGCCAUCCUCACCGCCGGUUCAGCUGCCUCCGAUCUCCACCUCCAAGACAGCGCCCUCUACAAGCGCUCCUCCGACGAUGUCUCCCCCGCCCUCAGCGACGACGAGCAGUGCCGGCUGGUGCACCGCGCAAAGGACCAGUGCGCCUUCGUGCACGCACAAUGUCCCGACGAAGAGGCCGGCUUCACGGCCUACCUCGAUCUCUACUACUGCCGCCUCGCGCACGCCAAAGCAGCUGCCUUCAUCAUCCUUAUCUCCUGGCUCGGCCUACUCUUUAGCACGAUCGGUAUCGCAGCUAGCGACUUCUUCUGUAUCAAUCUCAGCACCAUCGCCACGAUCCUAGGCAUGAGCGAAAGCAUGGCGGGUGUCACGUUCUUAGCCUUCGGGAACGGCAGUCCAGAUGUCUUCUCAACCUUCGCCGCGAUGAGUACGAACAGCGGUAGUCUGGCAGUUGGAGAGCUCUUCGGUGCGGCAGGUUUCAUUACGGCGGUAGUGAGCGGCAGCAUGGCAUUGAUACGACCCUUUCACGUGGCCAAGAAGAGCUUUGUGCGGGAUGUUGGGUUCUUUGCGGUUGCGGCAGCAUUCAGCUUGGUGUUUCUGUGGGAUGGCAAGUUGCACUUCUGGGAGUGUAUUAGUAUGGUGGUGUUCUACGUGUUCUAUGUGGCUUUCGUGAUGGUCUGGCAUUGGUGGUUGGGCAGGAGGAGGCGACGGAGGGAGAAAGAGGCAGCUGCGAGAGGACACUUUCUGCCGCCUGAUGAUGAGCUGGAGAUUGAGGAGGAAUACCAUGAUGAUCCGGAUGAAAGUGCGCCGAGGCCUGGCGUUUCACGGGGUGUGUCCAGAGAGGACUGGUCUGCGCUGGAGCGAGGUGGUGAUGGUGCGCCGCGCAUCCAGGAACCAGAUGAGGACGACGAAGAAGAGGCACGGGAUAAGUGGAUGAGCGAGCUGAACAGCAAUAUGCGCCUCACUAGGCCCUCUGUCAGGAAUCGGAGCAACACCACCCUCACACCCGUCAGGCCUUCUCUUGUUGGUGCGCUGGAGUUCCAGGCUGUUCUGAAGUCGUUGCAGAAGUCUAGGAACAUUCAGACGUACCCAAUGGACACACGACGCUACUCGGACGAUCCAACUUUCACUUCAGCGCAACAGCAGGAUCACAUGUCUACCAUUUCCGACCCAGCUUCACGACCACCGUAUCACGUUGUCCCUGAAGGAGAUACUGAGCAGAGGCGGCCAGGCAAUCUGGAAGUCCCGUACACCGCUCCGGCUCUGGGGCGAGGCCGGGCUGUCUCUGCGAGUGACGUCCAAGGCUUGAGGAUUGAUGAGGAUAUCCAGCAAGCUGCGUCGAAUGGAAGGCGUAGCUUUGAAGGAAGGCAGGAGGAGGACCUGAUCGAGUUUGGAGAGCGUGACACUCAUGCGCAGAGUCAGCAGGCAACCGCUGAGACACCAGCUCUUCGUGUAUCUCCGUCGCCUGCGUUCGAGUUCUCGCCAGCUCCACCCAGUAGAGUGGGUACUGAUGACUCGGCGCGAACCCAUACCUCAACUUCAGCAAAGUCGUCAAGAUCAGCGCAUCUUCUGGUUCCAGGCGAAAUCACUCGACAAGGCGUUGACCAGCGGCAUUUCGGCGAUACAACAGACUCGCCUCGCCGCGUGCCAUCCUCCAACGAGCUGCCCAAGAUCAUGAUCCCACGCCGUCAAGCAUCACAUACUUCUACGCCCAGCACUUCGCCAUUCCCCCGAUACCGAGACUCCCCUUCUCCUGGGAACUCGGGACCGCCGAGCAUCAACCUCCCGCCGCCUUCCAUCGGAUCACCAGAAUCCGUACCAGUGUCUCAGGCCAUCGAACCAGACUCGUCCAAGCGUCCGUCAUUGUUGAGUCGAUGGUGGCCGUAUACUAUUCUGCCGCCGCCCGGCGUGAUGAUCUCCACGCUCUUUCCGACCAUCUAUCACUGGCACGACAAGAACCAUUGGGAAAAGGCGCUUGGCGUUGUGGCUGCGCCGAGUGUCUUCCUGCUCACCAUCACACUUCCUGUCGUUGAAAGUGGCAAGGACGAUGAAGAACAGUCUCGCAAGGAUACGAGUAUGGACUCUGCGCGGUCCAAGGGAGCCAGUAUUAGCAUAAGUUCGCCUGGAGAUCUCACAGCGACCGGUGCAGCAGGCAUGGCCAAUUCUGCUUCUGUGGCGACAAGCACCGAGCAGAACCAGCGCCAGAACUACGGUGACCCUUCGAUCGUCGCUGAAGACAACAUCUCCAGCGCACCCCUCACCGAAGAACCCGCCCAACAGCCUUCGCCCACCCUCUGGAACCGCUGGCUCCUCAUCCUUCAACUCUUCCUCGCACCCAUCUUCAUUGUCCUGGCCAUCUACACCCAAUCACCCGUCGACGUCACGCCCCGCUGGCUCCUCAAACCCACUGUCAUCUGCCUGCUCGUCUCCCUCGUCCUGCUCAUCCCCCUUCUCCUCACCACGACACCAACCCACAGACCGAGCAUCUACCGCCCGGUCCUCUCCCUCGCCGGCUUCAUCGUCUCCAUUGCCUGGAUCUCCACCAUCGCCGGCCAAGUCGUUGGCGCCCUCAAGGCCCUCGCGGUGAUCUGCAACAUGAGCCACGCCAUCAUGGGCCUGACCAUCUUCGCCGUCGGAAAUUCUUUAGGAGACCUCGUCGCGGACGUGACAGUCGCUAAGCUCGGCUACCCCGUCAUGGCGCUGAGUGCCUGCUUCGGCGGGCCCAUGCUCAACAUCCUGCUCGGCAUUGGACUUUCGGGAAGCUGGAUCCUGAUACGCGGCGCCAACCAUCGGGUCAAGAAGCAUCCGGACAAGGACUUCAAGUUCAAGAGCUACCAUAUCGAUGUCAGCAAUACGUUGAUCGUGAGCGGGUUUACGCUGCUGGUGACGUUGGUGGGGCUGUUGAUUUUCGUGCCGAUGAAUCGGUGGGUGAUGAGUAAGAAGCUGGGGUGGGCGUUGAUUGCCGUGUGGGUGGUGAGUACGACGGCGAAUGUGGUGUUGGAGUUGACGGGGUUUGCGGAGGAUGGGAGCGAUAGCUGA